ACGUUGAGCCAUCCAUGUUCCCGAUGCAGAAAGGCUCCCUGAACCUCCUGAGGCAGAAAUGGGAAUCCAGCCAGAGAAGCGAGUGUUGGCCCAGGGACAAUCAGUGCAGGCAGUCUCAGCCUCAGGAAAGCAAAUUGCUUGAGACUGAGGAGGUGGCAUCAGCACCUGAACCUCCAGAUCCCCCAAGUCUGCCUUGCAGUACAGGGGAAGUGAUGUUGAGCUCAGAGCCUGAACAAAAGGGUCCAGAGGACAAGAGUGAUAACUCCAGGGAAUCCAGCCAGCCCGAAGUGCUGAAGGAGGAUUCCCUGAGUGGUCGGCGCAGGAUUGAGCGCUUUUCUAUUGCCCUCGAAGAGCUAAGGAGUGUGUUUGAGGCCCCUAAGAGUGGAAACAGACCAGCUGAGGACUUUGGAAAGGAAGUGGAAAUUGAGCAAAAUUUGUGUUCGCCAACAUUUAAGAGUUAUCCUGGGAGCCAGUCAGAUGAUUCUGUGAAAGAUUCAGACAAGAAAGGCGAGGAAACCUCUUUUGACAAGAUGUUACCUGAAAGCGGUCAUAGCCACAUCUUUGAAGUGACUGUUGGCCCUCAUAGGCCUGCGAGUGAACUUGCAGAAGACAGUGCUGCUGGGAGCAAGGGAGUGUCAGACCUCCAGGAGGUGGUGUCCCUGAAGGAGCGGAUGGCGAAGUACCAGGAAGCCGUUUCCAGGGGUGACUGCCGCAGCUUCUCUGCUAAUAUAAUGGAGGAAUCAGAAAUGUGCACAGUGCCUGGUGGUUUGGCCAAAGUGAAGAAACAAUUUGAAAAGGAUGAAAUUGCUUCUUCUCGUAAUACCUUUUCUCAGUACCAAAACCAACACCAGAACAGAUCCGAACAGGAGGUAAUCCUCAGCAGCCAGGUCAACAUUUCAAGAAACAGCCAGGAAAUGGCAAGAAAUGAACAAGAAGUUUCCAAAGCACAUGAAAUUGAUGUUAUUGGAACAGAAAUGGUCUCUCAUAUUGAAAAGCACACUGAGGACAUAAACCAAGUUUCUCAGUUCCAUCAAUAUGUUCAAGAAACAGUCAUUGACACACCUGAGGAUGAAGAUAUUCCAAAGGUUUCAACUAAGCUUUUAAAAGAGCAAUUUGAAAAGUCUGCCCAGGAAAAGGGCCUUUAUUCUGACAAAAAGAUGACAAACCCAGCCAAGCAGGUUAAGAUUAAAAGUGAAUAUGAAGAGACUUCAAAGCCAUCACCAGUUGUGGGUACCUCUUCUACUUCUUGCACUUCAACCAGCCAGAGGAAGGAAACAUCAGCCACAAGAUAUAGUGAUCACACUGUCACUUCCUCAACUCUGGCACAGGUUAAUGCCACUCCUUUGGGAAAGAUGGAAGAAUUUCCUCCUCCCCCACCUGAUGUACUUCAAACUCCAAUAGAUGUGACAGCAGUUUCCCAGUCCCCUGAAUUCCCUAGCCCUCCUAGAAGACUACCAAUCCCCAAAGAUUUAUAUUCCAAGCAAAGAAAUUUGUAUGAAUUAAACCGUUUAUAUAAACACAUCCAUCCUGAGUUAAGAAAAAACUUAGAAAAAGAUUAUAUUAGUGAGGUUUCUGAGAUUGUUUCGAGGCAAAUGAAUUCAGGGAGCUCAGUUUCAGCAGAUGUGCAACAAGCCCGAUAUGUUUUUGAAAAUACAAAUGACAAUUCCCAAAAAGAUCUGAACUUGGAAAGACAGCACUUGGAGUGGGAUGAAAUUCUUAAGGGGGAGGUGCAGUCCAUGCGAUGGAUCUUUGAGAAUCAGCCAUUAGAUUCUAUCAACAAUGGCUCUCCUGAUGAAGGUGACAUUUCCAAGGCCAUUGCUGAUCAAGAGAUCAUUGCUGGUGGUGACGUAAAAUAUACCACAUGGAUGUUUGAAACCCAACCCAUAGAUACACUAGGGGUUCAUUCUUCAGGCAUUGAAGAAAAUGCUGAGAAAAUUCCUGAGCUAGCCAGAGGAGAUGUCCUUACAGCUCGGUGGAUGUUUGAAACAAGGCCAUUAGAUUCAAUGAAUAAAAUGCAUCAAAGUGAAGAAGAAUCAGAGGUAACUGUCAUUAAGGACAUAACUGGGGGGGAUGUUAAGACUGUGAGAUACAUGUUUGAAACUCAACAUCUGGAUCAACUUGGACAGAUUCAUUCAGUGGAUGAGGUUCACUUGCUGCAACUCAGGUCUGAGCUCAAAGAAAUUAAGGGAAAUGUUAAGAGAAGUAUAAAAUGUUUUGAAACUCAACCAUUGUAUGUUAUUAGAGAUGGUUUAGGUCAAAUGCUAGAAAUUAAAACUGUUCAUCGAGAAGAUGUUGAAAAGGGAGAUGUGAGAACGGCACGUUGGAUGUUUGAAACACAGCCCUUGGACACAAUUAACAAGGAUAUCACAGAAAUUAAAAUUGUCCGAGGAAUUUCCAUGGAAGAAAAUAUCAAAGGUGGGGUGAGUAGGGCAAAGUGGUUAUUCGAAACCCAACCUUUAGAGAAAAUAAAGGAAGAGUCAGAAGAGGACAUCACUGAAAAGGAAACAAUAAUAGGUACAGAUGUCUCCAGAAAGUGUUGGAUGUUUGAAACACAGCCAUUAGACAUUCUAAAAGAAGUUCCUGAUGCAGAUCCUCUACCACCUGAAGAGAUAAUAGGGGGUGAUGUACAAACUACUAAGCAUCUAUUUGAAACACUUCCAAUAGAGGCUUUAAAAGGUAGUCCUGAUGUAGGAAAGCUUCAAAAAAUCACUGCCUCUGAAGAAGAAAAGGGGAAUGUUAGGCACCAGAAAUGGAUUUUUGAAACCCAGCCUCUGGAAGAGAUUAGAGAAGAUAAAAAAGAGUACACUCGAACAGUGAAACUUGAAGAAGUUGAUAGAGGAGAUGUAAGGAAUUACACACGUAUCUUUGAAUCAAACAAUUUAAUUAAAUUUGAUGCAUCACAUAAAGUACAGGUGGAAGGAGUCACAAGAGGUGCUGUAGAGUUAAAUAAAGCUCUCUUUGAGACAACACCACUGUACGCCAUUCAAGAUCGCCUAGGAAAAUAUCAUCAAGUAAAGACAGUCCAGCAAGAAGAAAUCUUAAGAGGUGAUGUAAGAAGCUGUAGGUGGCUUUUUGAAACAAGGCCCAUUGACCAGUUUGAUGAAAGCAUUCAUAAAUUUCAGAUAAUUAGAGGAAUAUCUGCUCAAGAAAUACAGACUGGGAAUGUGAAAUCUGCUAAAUGGUUGUUUGAAACCCAACCUCUUGAUUCAAUUAAAUAUUUUAGUAACAUGGAAGAAACAGAAAGUAAAACUGAACAAGCUACAGAUAUUGUUAAAGGGGAUGUGAAAACCUGUAAAUGGCUUUUUGAAACCCAGCCAAUGGAGUCUCUUUAUGAAAAAGUUUCAUUAAUGACUGGUAGUGAAGAAAUUCAUAAGGGAGAUGUUAAAACCUGUACUUGGCUCUUUGAAACUCGGCCACUUGAUACCAUAAAAGAUGACUCUGAAGCAACAGCUAAAUUGCAAACUGUAAAACAGGAGGAGAUCCAUGGUGGGGAUGUUCGUACAGCAUGUUUUCUUUUUGAAACAGAAAAUCUGGACAGCAUACAAGGAGAAGAAAGGAAAGAAAUAAAGCCUGUAGAAAUGGAUAUCCAAGCUGGGGAUGUCACCAGCAUGAGGUAUAAAUUUGAAAAUCAGUCCUUAGAUUCUAUAAGUUCCAAUUCAGAGGAAGUUUUGAAAAAGAUCAAAACCCUAAAAAGUGAAGAUAUUCAAAAAGGCAAUGUUUUAAAUUGUAGGUGGCUUUUUGAAAACCAACCAAUUGAUAUGAUAAAAGAAAGCCAAGAAGGGGAUGAAUUAGUUAAGACAGUAACAGACAUCCAAGGUGGAGAUGUAAGAAAGGGGUGCUUUAUUUUUGAGACUUUUUCUUUAGAUGAGAUUAAAGAAGAAUCUGACUCUAUCAGUACCAAGAAAACAAGCACUGAAGAAGCAAUAAAGGGUGAUGUAAAAAGCUACAGAAUGCUCUUUGAAACCCAGCCACUCUAUGCGAUCCAAGACAGAGAAGGGUGCUAUCAUGAAGUGACAACAGUUAAAAAGGAAGAGGUCAUUCAUGGAGAUGUACGAGGAACGAGGUGGCUUUUUGAAACAAAACCAUUAGACUCAAUUAAUGAAUCAGAAACGGUGUAUGUUAUCAAAUCUGUCACACAAGAAGACAUUCAGAAGGGAGACGUUAGUUCUGCCAGGUACAGAUUUGAAACCCAGCCAUUAGAUCAGAUUUCAGAAGAAUCACAUAAUAUUGUGCCCACUGUUGACAAUAUUCAAGGUGGCAAUGUAAAGACAAGUAAACAAUUCUUUGAGUCUGACAAUUUUGAUAAGAAUAAUUAUGUAAGAACAGUAAGUGUCAAUGAAAUACAAAAGGGCAAUGUUAAAACAUCUACUUGGCUAUUUGAAACCCACACAAUAGAUGAGUUGAGAGGAGAAGGGUCAGGAUAUGAAAAUAUCAAGACAGUCACCCAGGAAGAUGUGCAGAAAGGUGACGUUAAGCAGGCAGUAUGGCUUUUUGAAAAUCAAACUUUGGAUUCUAUUAAGGAAGCAGAUGAAAGCAUAACAAAAAUAACCAGGGAAGAAAUCCCUUCUUCUGAUGUCAAAACAACUACAUGGCUCUUUGAAACAACACCCCUUCAUGAAUUUAAUGAAAAUAGAGUUGAAAAGAUAGAAAUUAUUGGCAAGAGCAUUAAAGAAACCUUAGAAGAUCUCUAUUCUCAAAAAGUUAUCCAGGCUCCUGGAAUCAUCAUCGAAACUGAUGAAGUUGGGGAUGUCCGAAUGGCAAAAUACAAGCUAAUGCACCAAGCAGCUCCUGAGAUACAGAAAGAAGAAAUUAUCAAGGGGGAUCUCAGAAAUAUAAUGGUGAACCUACUUUCUAAAAGGGACUAUACAAAAAGAGAGAUUUUGGUUAGUGAAGAAGAGAAGGGAAAUGUUAAUUUGACUAAAACUCAAUUAUUAAAUAGAUCAACUGAAUUUCAUGCCGAAAAAGAAGAGAUAGUGAGAGGUGAUGUACAACAAGCAAUAAAAAAUCUGUUCUCCGAGGAAAGAUCUGUAAAGAAAGGCAUUUUAAUUCAGGAAGAUGAAAGAGGAGAUAUUAACAUGACUAUCUAUUGUCUUCUUCAUGAAAAUGCUGGUGACACAAUCAAGCGUGAAGAAGUAAUAGGGGGCGAUGUAAGACGUACCAUUCAUAAUUUGUUGACUUCCACAUCAAAUGAUAAAAUACCUGAAAGGGCUAAAAUUGAUGCCUCUGAGAGAGGUAAUGUUCAGUUUUUUACAACAUGCAUAGAAACUGGAGCUUUGGAUUAUCUCAAACAACUUCAGACAGGGUCAGAUGAAACACUAACAGCUAGGAAACAAGGAGAGGAAGAAAUAAUUGGUGGUGAUGUUGAGGGCACAAAACUGUUACUAAAGAAAAGGCAGUCUCGGGUUGAACGUACUGUCGAUGAAACUGACAUCAUCCCAGGAGAUGUGCAUAAUACAGUUAAGGUUUUUAUGACAGGGCCUCAGAGUACCUCUUGUGAGAUACCCAAAGAAGAAAUUAUAAAGGGUGAUUUGAAAUCAACCCUAAAUUCCCUCAGCCAAGCCGUAAGUCAGAAAACAGUAGCUAAAACAGAAGAAAUUAUAAAAGGCGACAUGCUGGCCACACUCAAGUCACUUCAGGAAUCAAGCCAGCAUUGGAAAGAAUCUAAACAGCCUCGUUCCAUCCCUGGUGAUAUUGAGCAAGCUAUUGAAUGCCUUGAAAAGGCCACAAACACAAGGACAGAAAUCCUGAAAAAGGAACUUAUCCGAAAUGAACUUGAAACAUCAUUAAUGUCUUUGAAAGAAGCACAAAGAGGUUUCAAAGAGGUAGAUAAAGAAGGUGCAAUCAAAGAUGUUCACACUGUAAUGGUAGGAUCCCCAGAAGAGCAGAAAACAGAGAUUCAUCAAGUGGAUGUCCAGAGGGACAAAAAACGUGUUCUUCAUCCAAGGCCGGGACCAUUUGAGCCAGCAGCCAGUUGGCAAAGGGGAGCAGACACUCUCAGUCAAACUGCUGGCAAAUAUUGUAAUGGGAAUUUAACAGAAGAAAGAACUGAGGUCAGUCUUCCAAAAGCUCCCAAAGGCUCUGUAAAGAUUGUUAUAGAUCGUGAACAAAACAACAAUGCUCUCGAGAAAAACCUUAGGAAACUAUCUAAUUUACACCACAAAGCUACUAAAAGUGUGUUGGAAUCUGGGGACAAAAUGGGGGUCUGGACUGAUUCCACAAGAGAACAGCAUCUUAGAGAUGAACAUAUGAGCAGACAACUAACUUCAAUUGUGUCAGCGAAGGAAAAUCUAAAAUCUAAGGAAUCAGAGAGAGUGAGAGAGCAGAAGAAGGAAGAUGUCUUUAACUCCACCCAAUCUAUUGAUAAAACAAUCGGAAAGCAACUGACUCAAACCUGUGAACUGAGGAAUGACCACCAGAAGACUGAAACUUUCAAUGUAAAGAACCCUAAAAAGACCAAAAACAUGAAACCAUCAACAGACACCCAAAGCUGCAAGCCCAGUCCCACCCAGCAUCCAGUCAACGUGCCAGCUGGAAAAAUGCAUGAAGUUACAGGGCACUAUCAGAAGCAAACUUUGUUAAAGAAAGAAAUGCAAUAUUUUGAUCAGGAUAUAAAGGAAGAUAAAGUGAACCUUCAACCCAUGCAGCAGCCUUUGCCUGUAGUUCAAGAUAUAUCCAACAUAACAGAAAUGAAAGUCUCAGGAAAAAGCCGCGAUAAAUUUAAAGCAACCAACAAAAAACAGGAGACUGACAUUCAUCUGCAAAGCCAGGACUUUCUGAUGAAGACAAAUACUUCCGCAGACUUAAAAAUGGCGAUGGAAAAGUCCUUUAAUUCAAUCAACUUUAACCCUGAGAAUAAUAUGAAAGAAAGUGAGUGCCCCCUUCCACCUCCAUCUCCACCUCCUCCUCCACCUUCCAAUGCAUCAUCUGAAAUUGAAUUUCCUCUUCCUCCUCCACCUCCUUUAAUGAUGUUUCCUGAAAAAAAUGUGAUUCCUCCCUCACUGUCCACAGAGCAGAUAAAAGCCGAAUUUGAAAGCUUCCCAGGCCUCCCUCUUCCUCCACCACCAGUAGAUGAGAAAUCCGAAAGAGAAUAUCUACCUAUGUUUCUACCUCCUCCCCCUCCUCCAACUCCAUCUCAAAAUUCAGCCCAUCUCCUUUCCUCCUCUGUUCCAGAAAAGUAUAGUGGAGCGUUCAUGCAACAAUAUGCCCAAAAAGAAGCCUCAAGCUCUCAGCAAUCUCAGACUAAAAUCGUAACAGGAAAAUCAGGAGUACGUUUGCCACCUCCCACACUCCCCAAACCCAAAUUUCCCAAGCAAAUAGAAGAUAGAAAGAAUCACCUUUCCCCAAAAGUUGAAUUGGAAAAUUCCUUGUCAGAUAUGGAAUGUAAAAUUACUCCCUCAAAGGAUCAGAAAAGACUAAUGACGGCGACUAGCAGUGAACACACAGAGACAAAGCAGAACGUAGUCAGAAAAAGUCUUGAUGAAAGAAAACAAUUAUCUUUUGACUCUGCAAUGUCUUUCUCACAGACAGUUCCAGAAACUUCAGCACCCAAACAAAAACAGAUAGCCCCUCUCAUAAAAUCUCAUUCAUUUCCAUCUAGCUCAGGACAACAAAGUCCAAAGCCUUAUAUGAGAAAAUUUAAGACUCCUUUAAUGAUUGCUGAAGAAAGAUACAGGCAACAAAGAGAAGAGCUUGAAAAACAGAAGCAGGAGAGUUCUUGCUACAAAAUAGUCAAAACAGAAAACCAAAAUCAAAACAUAUCAGAGUUGGAAAAGGAAAUGUCAUCACAGAAAACAAAUGAGGAGGUUCCCCUUCCUGGAAUGAAUUCAGAGCUUACUGCGGCCCAACCCAACCCAGCCUCUCCAAGUAAUGCAGAGGUACUAGGAGUGUGUGCUGAUCACCAGCUCUCCACAACAUCAGCAGUGACAGUAGCUGCCAAGAGGCUCCAACAUGUUCUAGAAGCCUCAGAAGACAAAGAUAACAUGAAAAAGGAAGUUUUACAGAACUCAAGGGAUAUUACGCAAUCCACAUCAUCUUGUGAAGUUAAACAAAGUCAGCAAGAACGUAGUACCCAACAAAUACAGCAGAAGUACCUGGAGCAGUUGCACUUGCCCCAAAGCAAACCAGUUACCCCAAGUUUCAGAGUUAAAACUAUCAAGCUUCCCACUGUGGAUCAUACAUUAAAUAAAAUAGACUAUCGCCAUGAAAGCCAUAAAAAGCAAUCUAAAGUUGAUGUUCAAUCCACUACCAAACAACAGUAUCAGGAAAUUGAGAAAACCGAAGCAAACACCAAAUAUGGUAAUCAGCAAUCUGUGGCUGAAAAAUAUUAUGAAUUACCUAAGAAGGAGAAAAGAGUGACAAUAAAAGUGCCGACAGAAUCCACAGAAAAGAACCAUGAAAGUGAGCUCAACAAAGUUGCUGAGAAGCAAAGAGAAUUCAGGGAAUCUGAGCAAGUAAAACUUCCAGGAAGUGAAGAAAAAAACCAGGGACCAGCAAUGAUGUGCCCAAAGGAAGACAGAUUAAUAGUUGAAAGAAAACAAGAACAUCUGAAGAAUAAGUCAGCACUGACAGCAGUCAAGCAUAAGGUUAUUGAUGCACAUUUUGAUUCACAGACUCAGAAUUUUCAGCAAACACAGAUACAGACUUCUGAAAGUAAAGCUGAACAUAAAAGAUUGUCUCAGCCAUAUAACAGUCUGCAGGAAGAAAAAUGUCUCGGGGUCAAGGGCAUAGAACAGAAACAAGUCUUCUCUAAUACUGAAGAUUCAAAGCAAGAGAUUACACAGAACAAAUCUUUAUUUUCCUCUGUGAAAGAAUCCCAGCAGGAUGAUGGAAAAUGUGCUGUAAACAUAUUGGAAUUCUUGAGAAAACGGGAAGAAUUACAGCAGAUUUUGUCUAGAGUAAAACAAUUUGAAGCAGAGCCCAAUAAAAGUGGCCUUAAAACAUUUCAGACACUGUUAAAUAUUAUUCCAGUAUGGCUGAUAAGCGAAGAGAAAAGAGAAUACGGAGUUCGUAUUGCCAUGGAGAAUAAUUUAGAAAAAGUCAAAGAAGAAAUAACACAUAUUAAAAUUCAAGCAGAGGAUAUGCUUGCAUCCUGUGAAAAUGUAAUUCAAACAGCCAUGAUAUCCUCCAAAACAGGAAAGCAGGGAAAUAAGCCUGCUAGUCUUAAUGAAACAUCAUCCACAGUGUCUACCACUAAUGUCAGCGAUAAUAAAACCACUGAACAGAAAGAAAACAAAGCUGUAGAAGAAAAAACAGUGCCCCACCAAGGUGCAACUCAUCACGAAGCAACUGCUCAUCAUCUCGUGAAAACCCAUCAGGAGAUGAAACCGGAUGCGAGCAAGAUUUCACCUCCGUCUUUAAAAACACGCCCCCCAUCACCUACUUUUAUAACAAUUGAGUCCACUGCCCGACGAACAGAAACCUCCACCAAGGAUGAGCUUUCUCAGUCCCCCCAAAAAGACAGCUGUGUCGAACCCCCACCAAGAAGGUCCAUGUCACAAACAUCUACGGUUCACAGGGCAAACGCAUCCCCCUCUCCACCCCGGAGUCGCUCUGAACAGCUUGUCAGACUCAAAGACACAACUGCAAAGUUAUCCAGGGGAACCAUCCCAUGUCCACCAGCAACCCCGGUUCCGAUGGCAGAGAAGAGAGCUGAAAUCAUCGCGUCUCCUGCAACACUUCGUCGUCAAAUCAAGAUAGAAACCCGGGGUAGAGACUCUCCUACAAUCACAAUACCUGUCAGUGUAAAUCAUGCUGCUAGUGGGUCCUGCAGAGAAUCCAUGGAAGCCCAAGAGGAAGUUAGGAAAGUAGAGAAAAGGGCGACUUACGUUCACGAAGAUGGAGUAAAUUCGACUAAGCACGUCGUGCCGGAUACUGAAAGUUACGAUGCCGUGGAAAUCAUCCGCCAGGUCGAGGUGCCUGGCCUGUCAGAGCACGCGCACAGAUACGAAGCCGCCAACCGAACGGUUCAAAUGGCUGAAAGUUUCGUGAACGACCACGAAAAAGAAAUAAACAGAUGGUUCAGAGAAUUUGAGGAUGGCCCAGUUUUUCAAGCUAAGUCAAACAGAAGAAUUUAUGCAAAUGGAGAUGCAAACCAUAAUAUUAAACAAGAAAGCCGUACAUUUUGUAAGGAGGAAUUUGGAUUAACAUCUUCAGGAAACACUAGUUUUACAGGCUUUUCUUGCAAACAUCCUAGAGAGAUGCAAGAAAAAAAUUCUGUUAAACAGCCCAGGGUAUACCCUGAAACAAGGUCUCUAAGUGACCGUUUCUCGGGCGUGGAUACAUUUGAGAGUCAAAUUGUUGGGUCAAAGAUGACAGCUUCUUCAUCACAUAGCUCAGAAGCUGGAAAAGCUGCCGUCGACUUCAAGCAUGCCCCGCCAACCUAUGAAGAUGUCAUCGCUGGCCAUAUUUUAGAUAUCUCUGAUUCACCUAAAGAUCUCAAAAGCAAUUUUCAAAAGACGUGGCAGGAGAGUGAAAGACUUUUUGCAACCCUGGGAUAUGUAACCUCAGAUGCUUCUGCAACUGAGAUGAGAACCACCUUUCAAGAGGAAUCUGCAUUUAUAAGCGAAACUGCUGCUCCAAGACAAGGAAAUAUGUACACUUUGUCAAAAGACAGUUUAUCCAAUGGAGUGCCUAGUAGCAGACAAGCAGAAUUUUCAUAAGUCCUGCUUCCGAUGCCACCAUUGCAAAAGCAAACUGAGUUUGGGAAAUUAUGCAUCACUUCAUGGACAGAUAUACUGUAAACCUCACUUUAAACAACUUUUCAAAUCUAAAGGAAAUUAUGAUGAAGGUUUUGGACACAAACAGCAUAAAGAUCAAUGGAAUUGCAAAAAUCGAAGAGGCCCAGUCGACUUUAUUCCCAAUGAAGAACCAAGUAUGUGUAAAAACCCUGCAGCAAACACCCUUAUACUUGGAGAUUGUAAUAAACAUUUAGAUGCUGGUAACAGUGAAGGGCAAAGGGAUGAUUUGAAAAAAAUGGGGGAGAGGGGAAAAUUAAAAAUCAUUUGGCCUCCUUUCAUGGAGAUGCCUAAGAAAAGCUCCCCCCUUAAAGAAGAGCUCAAAAUGAGUAAACCUAAAUGGCCACCUGAAAUGAGUAUCCCUGCAUCCCCUGAAUUUAAAAGUGGAUCACCAAUACAACCUGUUAAAACUCUGGACAAUAAAGGACAAGAGCAAGAUAACAUUUCUUUUCUGCAGCCAUAUCCACAGUCCACCCAUAUGUGUCAGAAAGAGGAUGUUAUAGACAUCAAAGAAAUGAAAAUGUACGAAGCAAGAAAAGAAGAGAAGGAAGGAAAUAAGGAUGUGCAAUAUAAGCUGAAUGAGGCCGAAGAUACAAAGAAUACGUGGAAAAGUGAAAUGGAUCUUCAUGACAACAAUAAUGUAGUUGUGCAGAGUGCUGAAAAGGAGAAAGAUGGAAAAACUAAUGAACCUGAUGGUGCAGAAGUUUUACAGGUUACUAACACUGAUGAUGAGGUGAUGCCAGGAAAUUGUAAAGAGAAUUUGAAUAAGAAUAAUAAUAACAAUUAUGUAGCAGACUCGCAUCUGGAUAACUGCAAGCAGAAAACAUCUAUUUUAGAAUUCCCUCUUCUAUUACCAUUGUCAAGUACAGGAAAGUACACUGCAAAUGAAUAUCGAAUUGAAAAGUUAGAAAAUGCAUCUAGAAUCUCAGAGUUACUUGGUAUAUUUGAAUCUGAAAAGACUUGCUCAAGGAAUGUACUAGCUGUGGCUCUCAAGAAACAGACUGUCAGAGCGGCUGCUGGCAGUCCUGUGCAGUCUGCUCCGAAACCAGGCCUCAAUGGGGGCUGGAGAGUCAAGGCAGAAAGUUCAAUAGAAUCUUCUGAUACAAACCUCUUAAACACUAAAGGAAACCAUUCAAAUAACAAAAAUUUACACUUUUUCUUUUCUAACACUGUGAAAAUCACUGCUUUUUCCAAGAAAAAUGAGAACAUUUUUGAGUGUGACUUAGAAUCUGUAGAUCGAAUUAAAAAUAUGCCAUGUUUGUAUUUAAGAGAAUUUGGAAAAGGUAUCAAGCACUGGCAUGAUGAAAUGGUAGGAGCAGCCCACAGUAAUGGAAAUGCAAGUUUUCAUGCUCUGAGCAGUGAAUGUGCAGCUAAGCCUUUGUCUCCCAGAGUGGAGGUUCAGGCUGAACAACUCACAGUGGAAGAGCAGAUUAAAAGGAACCGGUGCUACAGUGACACUGAGUAAAACAUGUCUGGCCACUUGCAGGCCACACUCAGGCUCUGAGAGAUAUCGGUGUCUUGAAAUAAGACUUUAGGGAUAUUGAUAACUUUUGCUGAACUUGUAAACAUAAUGUUGAGAAAUCUCAUGUCUAUCACAAUAGAGUAUUUCUCGUAUUCCACUUUAUCAUUUUUUUCAUAAUUCAUUUAAAUCCAUUUUUGUUCUGAAUGGAAUGGAGAUAUGAAACAAUAUGUCUAUGUUUUCCUGUCAAAUGACACUUAAGUAUAUCACUCUGUUUUUCUGUAGAAUAUCAUGGGUGAGAUUCUAUGCUGCUGAUAUUUAUCACGAUUCUUAUACCUUCUCUUUAAUUUCUGUUGCAAUAAAGUUGAAUCACCUGGGGUGCAAACCAAAA